CAAUAUUGAGACUUUGUCUUGUGAAGAGGGAGUGAAAAUUCUUAUCCCUUACGUAGGAAUGACUCCUAUUAUAUGAGAGCUUACAAGAAAUUUAAAUUACAAAAGUCUAUACAAAGAUGAAUUGUAUCCUAACUAUGCUAUUAUGUCUAUGUUCUAAUAUUUAUGAUUUCGGUCUCAUUUGCAUGAAAUUUCUUUAGAAAUUCAUUCUUCCUAUUCUCGAUUUUCUUUGCGUAUCAGGAUGAAAAGUGUCUCUCACAAGAUGUUGGAUUACAGGCUACUUGGCCAUGCCAAAACUAUUAUCCUCUUUAUUAUUACUGUUGCUGCUAUGUUCUCUAUUUUCUCUGCAGAUGGUAUCGUCUCCCAGGUUCAUCUCCAAUCUUCUGCCAUUGAAAUUGAAGUUUCAGAGGUUUUUCAGAUUCAUACGACUGAAAGAAGAAUAAAGUCAACGGUUGCUGGCAUACCAUUGCGUAUUACACAGCAAGAGAUUAAAGAAGUUCGUAGUGCAAAUCAGAAUUCUCUAAAUCCUCCGCUCAAUGUCACAGAAGAAGAAAGAAUUGAGUGGUUCCGGAAAAAGCUGCCUGAAUUUGAGAUUUUCACGUCCAACAACUUGAGUCGGAAAUUUCACAGGCGAAUUCAGGAAUUUUUCAACAAUAAUAAAUGUGAAGUUCAAUUUUUCAUGACAUGGAUCUCACCAGCAGAAUCCUUUGGAAGAAGAGAUUUCUUGGCCAUGGAGAGCCUAUUCAAAGUCCACCCUCAUGGAUGCUUAGUGAUUCUAUCAGGAACUUUGGACUCCAUGCAAGGCUACAGGAUCCUGAAACCGCUACUUGAUCGCGGGUUCAAAGUUUCUGCAGUUACACCUGACUUGGCCUUUCUGGUCAAGAACACCCCAGCAGAAUCUUGGCUUCACGAGAUGAAGAGCGGGAACAAGGAUCCUGGUGAAAUUCCAUUAGCUCAGAAUCUUUCUAAUCUUAUUAGACUCGCAACUUUAUUCAAGUAUGGAGGUGUCUACUUGGACACGGAUUUCAUCGUCCUAAAAAGUUUCGCGGGAUUGAGCAAUUCAAUUGGAGCACAAAGUAUUGAUAUGGCGUCCAAAAACUGGACCAGAUUGAAUAAUGCAGUUCUGGUUUUCGAUAGUAAUCAUCCACUUUUAUUCAAAUUCAUACAGGAAUUUGCUGCAACUUUUGAUGGAAAUAAAUGGGGUCACAAUGGACCCUACCUGGUCUCCAGAGUAGUUGAGAGGGUUGCCGGAAGACCUGGAUAUAACUUUACAGUUAUGCCGCCUAUGGCUUUCUACCCCGUUGAUUGGAUUAGAAUAGGCGGAUUUUUUAGGAAACCAGAAAACCGGGCUGAUUCUAGAUGGGUAAAAGCCAAGUUGCUUCAGCUUAGUGGAGAGACUUAUGGGGUACAUUUAUGGAACAGGCAAAGCAGUAGAAUCAGAAUCGAAGAAGGAAGUGUCAUGGCCGGGUUAAUCUAUGAUCAUUGUGUCAUUUGUCAAUACGUAUACAGCUCUUGAAGAAUAUCCAAGAAAUGAAAAAUCCGAUGAUAAUCGAUAUACCAGUGAAAGUCAGAGCAAGAGUUGACAGGCCAAUCAUGAAUCACAAUUAAAGAAUGGGUAUACUCUGUUCUACUGCUUGCUUUGAAAAGCACUUGUUUCUUUCUGAUAAUAUUUUUUAUCUUUUAUUUCUAGAUUCCAUUUUUCUUUCACUUUUCAGUCCUUUCGAUCUUUGAUCCCCGUGUAAAUAUGGAAAUUGUUUGAUGAAAAAUUUCACACAAACAAUAAAAUAAAAGUAGAGCUACUCAGUUUUCUGACA